CCAUUUGCUUGCGUUGCAAAACCUGAGAUAAUGCCGUGAACGAAUUUUGUGAGCUUCUGUAAAUCAAAUUGCUCUAGUUCUUACUUUCUUUUUUUCUAUUUUCUCCUCUCGAACAAACUGGGGUAUCAGACCGAUACCACUCAUUCAAAUACAAACGACCCCAAUGGAUGUACAAGAGAUUCUCCGCGGUGUAGAGCCACUUGCCGGACAGGUUAUCCCAGUCAGAACCGUCCAAGAAGCGCGGCCACGUGAAGACUUCGCGGAUGCAUAUGUAGUAGAAGUCAACGUGAAAGGUGCUUCCAAGUUGAUAAAAGCUUUAGAUAGUGCCUAUCCUCGUGAUCCUUCUCGUCCUCUAAAUCAUCUUCGGCGCUUCGCAAAGCAUACCCAACUACCUGACGACCUACGAUCCACCCUGAUCAAGGCAGAACCAUCAGCACAGACAAUUUUUGCUUUGAUUACGCCUCCUUUACCUAAAACAGAAGCGCUUGAAAAACUAUUGGCUCCCUUUGCGCCACCACCCGAAAGUUCGUUGGAUUCGUCCCAGGAUGUAGGGAAUGUCAAACUCCAUACCGUCCGCAUCCCAUUGGAGCCACCUCUGAAUAUUGGACAAGCUGAAAAAUGGUCCAAAACCAUGUGGCCCGUCGUCUUCAACCCUGCAACCCCCAGAGCUAUGAUUGCACCUCCUCCCCAGACCCUAAACCGCGUGCUCGAGUCUAUCAAGCCGAAAGCAGGUCGUUAUCUAGCACUGGCACGUAAGGUGGCUGACGAAGCGGAAAAUUCUGGAUCUGGACGUGGGGUGGGUGCAGUGGUUGUGGAUCCAGACCUCGACGCUCACAUUAGUGCAACCGACGAGGAUGUAGGCACCCAUUGGGCCGAUGCGGUUGUGGCUGUUGCAGGUGACAUACGAUACGCACGCCGAGAGGCUGGAGCAAUUUCAGAAACGGAACGGCAUCUAGGCAAAGGGCCCAAUCCCAACACACAGAUGUACAACCCAGAUGUAGAGGGCGGGCCAGAACUACAUGCGCUAAUGCGCGCAGCGGACUUGGUUGCUAGCGGAAGACGUAAGCAGGGUGGGAACGAGUUGACCACACAACUACCUCUGAAUCAACUAGAGAAGUUCUUCCUCUCUCAGUCGGACGUCUCCGGGCCGGAUGCCCCAUCCGAUUCUGAUGACCCAUCCCCCGUGCCGGAGAAGUAUUUGAAAACAGAGACGGGGGCUCAUGCCAUUCCCAAAACGACAGACAGUUCUCGAGUACCUCGACUUCGCUCCCGCGAGCAAGGCGGCUACCUCUGCACAGACCUCGAUGUAUACUUGACGCACGAGCCUUGCCUUUGUUGCUCGAUGGGUCUUCUACUUUCGCGCUUCCGGGCGGUUAUCUUCCCGCGGCGUGGACGCAUGGUGACGGGAGGCCUUGCAUCAGAGCCUGCGAUCGCACCCGUUCCAGUGUUAGAUGCUACGGAAGAGGUGCGUGAUAUGUCUGAGCCAACGCGGGAUCAGGAUCAGCACGGGUCGGAAGAGAAUACGCCCAGCGAGCAUGCUGAGUCUCGGUCAAAGCGGCUGUAUUAUGGGCUGCACUGGCGGAAAGAGUUGAAUUGGCGGGCACUGGGAUUCGAAUUUGUCGAAGACGAGGUUACAGAGAAAAGUGCCGAAGAAGGUGUGACAUUCCACGCAUAACGCUUACACGAAAUUAGAGAAUAAUGUACUAUAUACACA